AGCCAUCAUCGGGCGAGGCAAGGCAAUCACCAAGCACGCAACGCAAGCAACCCACACAAAAGACCUUGUCCGUGGCGCCCACGGUUUCAGACUCUCGGUUCCUUCCUCGCGGAAGGCUCCGUUCCGUGCGCCACGCCCGAAGCAACCUCUCCCUCCGGCCUCACCAAACCGCCCGCGCCCCGACCAAAGCCAGAGACCGACCCCCCACCCCUCAAACCGCUCCGAGACGAUGGAGGUGGAGGCGGCGGCGAACGAGAGGGGGAAGAAGGGCGCGCCCGGCGGCGGCGGCGUCGGGCUGGAGUGGGAGCUGGAGCGCCAGUACGACUUCGAGCGGGAGAUGAUGCUGAUGGCCGCCGCGGCGCCGGGCGCCGGGCCGCCGCCGCAGCGGCGGCGGCCUUUCACCGCCGAUCUGCUCCAGAACUGCGACCUCCCUCCUCCCGCCAAGCUCUUCGGCCCCGUCCCGACCCUGCAGAGGUUGGAGAGCGCGGCGGGAGCGGACCAGCAGAAGGGCGACGCCGUCGUGGGCGACGGCGGCGGCGGGGGGAACAACGACAGCCUGCUGAGCGCGCUGCGCCUGUCGCAGUCGCGCGCGCGGGAGGCGGAGGAGAAGCUGGCGGCCGCGGGGGCCAGCAACGGGGAGCUCGCGGCGCUGCUGGUGCGGGACUCGGUGGCGCUCUCCGCGCACCGCCGCUGGGUCAUGAUGCUGGAGGCCGAGAACUCCCUGCUCAAAGGCGGCGGCGCGCGCCCCCGCGGCGCGGACCCGGGCCCGGACGGCGACGCGCCGCGCGGCGGCGGCGGCGGGGUGGCCGCGUGGUGGGUCGCGCUCGCGGUCUGCGUCGGCAUCGCCGGCGUCGGGCUCGCGCUCGGCAGGCUCCUCUGCUGAAGCCGUGAACACUGUCAUUCCCCCCGGAUUUUGUAAGCGGAAACUGCGGAUCGGAAGAUCAAAUCCACCACCCCAUCCCAGGUUAGAACAGUUCAUUGGCAAUGAUAAGGUCACGUAAGUUCUUCGGAAAACGGAAAAUUAUUACAGCUCGGUAAGAAAUUUGUGAUCGAUGAUUAAGCAUUCCCUUCUGCUGCUGUAAAUCGGGGAGGAAAGUAUGAAGCGCGCCUAGUGUAAAUACUCUUGGUCAUUGGACUAGAAGCUGCCGUGUGCAUCACUGCACGCUUUCGUGAAAAGGGGACAAAGAGAAAAAUCUCAUGGUCGGAAUGGGCCUUUCAGGUUGUC